AUGCCAAGAUCCCGAUCGCGCUCCAGAGAUCGCUCAGACCGAAGAAGAAGUCGCUCCCGAGAACGUCGACGCCGUCAUCGUCGGAGACGAAGCUCCUCUUCCAGCUCUGACAUCGCAUCCGAUGUGUACAGCAAAAUGCUUUCAAAGCAAAAACGCACCGAGAAGAAUUACGGCGAUACGGACUUGCGAAAAAAGGAGCGUGAGGAAAUGGAAAAACUCCGUCAAAUCCGACAGCAGGAGCAGAACGAAAUCUACAUAAAACAACAAGUCGACAAACGUGUUGCACUUGAGGUCGGGCUCAAGGUGGAAGAAGAAAUUGCUAGACGAAUGCCCGAAAUCGAGAAGAAAAUCGCAGCGAAAAUCCGCUCAGAGGAAGCAGCGACUCCCCCUGCCGACACCAGCGAUAACAAACUCAACAGAGAACAAGUCGAGCUUAUCAACGAGCUCAAGCACCGCGAGGUCAAACAUGUCGAUCACAUUCACAAGCUCGAAAAGUUUUGUUAUGAUAAUCCGCCGAAUCAGAGCUAA